GUUUAUUAUCACUCCUGCUCUCCUUUCAAUCCCGUCAGUCCGUGUUCCUCUUCUUCAGUCUCUUCCGUGAUUAUAUCUAUUUCAUACCGACAACAUGGCCACUGAAAAGAAGGAUAAGCUGGAGCCGCAAAUCAAGUCGGUUGACAUGUCCGAGGACAUGCAGCAGGAGGCGGUGGAGCUUGCGAUCGAGGCAAUGGACAAAUAUCACGUUGAGAAGGAUAUUGCCCAGUAUAUCAAGAGAGAAUUCGACUCGCGCAAAGGAGCGACAUGGCAUUGCGUGGUGGGGCGGAACUUUGGCAGCUUUGUGACACACGAGACGAAACACUUCAUCUAUUUCUAUUUGGGACACUGCGCCAUUCUCCUUUUCAAGACACAAUGAGCGGGGGUGAUUGGAGGGAAGUGGAUGGAUCAGGGGAUGAGGGUUUCUUGAUAACGGAUCGUGGUAGUACAUUUCAUUGCAAUUAUUCUUCUUUAUUAUAUCAUCAAUUUCGAUGUCCGGAGCUGGGUC